CAGGUGUUGUGUUGGUCAAAUGGGACGGGCGCUGCUGACUGUUCUUCUAUAUAAAGUUUAGCAUGGGGGUGGAGUUAAGAAAUGUCGUUUACUGUAAUAUCAGCCGCUAUAUAAAACAUGACGAAGACCCUUGGAGCCUUUCAUCCGAAGGACUGGCUAUUCAUCUGGGUAUCUGAACACCAUGCCAGCCAAACCGGCACCAAUCAAGAAAUCCCCCGCCAAGAAAGCGGCCCCCAAAAAAGAGGAGAAGCCGGCCGCCCCAGCAGAGCCUGCUCCUGCUCCUGCCCCUGCUCCCGAACCCGAACCCGAACCCGCCCCGGCUCCUGCACCCGCUGAGGCUGCACCGGCACCCGCAGCAGAACCCGCGCCAGAGGCCGGAGGAGAUGCAGCCCCAGCGCCUGCCGAAGAGCAGAAGCCCGCAGCGGAGCCCGCAGCUCCUCCUCCCCCUCCUCCAGAGCCAGAGAAGCCCAAAGAAGAGCCCACCAGCGAGCCCGUUAACCUGACCCUGGAAGAUGUGAACGACACUACGCUGACAGUGAAAUGGAGACCCCCGGAGAAUAUCGGUGCCUCUGGGCUGGACGGAUACACAGUGGAGUAUUGCAGGGACGGCACUCAAGACUGGGUUGUUGCUAACCAGGAGCUCAUCAUUUCCAAUCGCUACGCUAUCAAGAACCUGACCACCGGAGAUAAGCUGCACGUUCGCGUGAAGGCCGUCAACCCCGGGGGCCCCAGCGCACCCGCCUCCCUGGAACAGCCAGUGGUGGUGCGGGAGAUUGUUGAUCGCCCCAGAAUCCGCCUGCCUCGCAGCCUGAGAACAGUGUUUGUGAAGAAGGUCGGUGACACGGUCAACUUGGUCAUCCCUUUCCAGGGUAAACCCAAACCCCAGGUGAGCUGGACGAAGGAUGGCCAGCCCUUGGAUCUCAAGGCAGUGGGCGUGCGUAACAGCGACAGAGACACGAUCCUGUUCAUCCGCAAGAGCGAGAGGAAGGACUCUGGCAAAUACGAGGUGACGGUGAAGGUGGACAGUCUGGAGGACAAGGCGACCAUCAGCAUCCAGAUUGUUGACCUGCCAGGCCCCCCUUCCAGCAUCAAGCUGGUGGAUGUCUGGGGAUUCAACACAGCCCUGGAAUGGACACCACCGAAGGACGACGGAAACGCAGAGAUUACUGGCUACACCGUCCAGAAAGCAGACAAGAAGACUGGGGAGUGGUUCACGGUCUUGGAACAUUACCACCGGCUUAACUGCACGGUUUCCGAUCUCAUCAUGGGCAACUCCUACAGCUUCAGGGUCUUCACUGAGAACAGGUGUGGACUGAGUGAGAACGCUGCUGUAACAAAGGAUCUGGCCUACAUUCAGAAGACAGGCAUUCAGUACAAACCUCCAGAGUAUAAGGAUCGUGAUUAUUCGGAGCCACCCAGUUUCACCCAGCCUCUGAACGACAGGGCAGCCACUAUGGGUUACACGACCAAGCUGCUCUGUGCCGUGCGAGGAAACCCCCAGCCGAAGAUCCUGUGGAUGAAGAACCAGAUGGUGAUUGGGGAGGACCCCAAGUUCAGGCAGAUAACGAGCCAGGGCCUGUGCACCCUGGAGAUCCGCAAACCCUGCACCUUCGACGGGGGAGUCUACAGCUGCAAGGCCAUCAACCCCCAUGGGGAGGCCGUCGUCAACUGCAAACUGGACGUCAAAGCUGUCCAGGUCCCAACAGACAAGUAGAUGCUGUCCCCGAACACACAGUUCCGAAUUAGGACUGGCAGGAAGGAAUGGAAGCCACUCCAAGCAGAAAGCUGGUGUACGGAAAGCUGCUGCAGCAGCAGGAGGAGGGGAUGCUGCUGGAAUUGCUGGACUGGUUACCUUGCGUCUUGUAUUUUAAUGUAUGGACUUCUCUCAUUGUAACGAGACUGAAUAUCCUCCUGGCUGUGUCCUGCGAUAGCAUCUCAAUGAAUCUGUACCUAAUAAAACGUGUGACUCAAAAGGAAA